AUGAAGUGUGAGUCUUUGGGGGUCCUACAACAAAUCUACGUGGGACUACAUGAUUCCAAUGCCCAUUUUGAUGAGGACGAAGAGGAGCCGAAAUACGUUAAUCUUCAAUUGAGCAGGCGGAAUCAAUGGAAUUGUAGAACCAUUCUAGUGACAGAUGGUCGCGAUGGCGAGACAUAUCUAUUCAAUAUAAAUCAGUGGAUAAUAGCCACACCUGAAAUUGACCGCCGAAUGUGCAUCGCUGCCCGACCUGCUGAGUUACGAAUCAUCAAACAGAAGAAGGUAGAAAAUGUAAAAGAUUAUAGCACGGCUCCAACAGUGACGUAUAAGAUUAGCAUCGAAACGGGUGCUGAUGUGAACGCUGGAACAACAGCAAAUGCCUACAUCACCCUUUAUGGCAAUCAGAAGGGUGCAACUUCGGGUUCGCAACGACUUCAGAGAAUUUCCAAUCAGACGUUUGCACGAGGAAAAGUAGAUGUAUUUUUCAUUUCAUGCGCUAAAUUAGGUGAGGUGAACCGCAUUCAAAUUGAGCAUGAUAAUGCGGGAGGUUCACCGGAUUGGUUCAUUAAGGGUGUCACGGUAAUGGAUACAAGUACUGGUGAUGUGUGGACAUUCCCAUGUGAUGCCUGGAUUUCUCUAACACAGGGAUCCAAAUCCCUAAGGAAAGAGUUAAAAUCCUCGUGA